AUGGUCACGUUGAAUAUAACGAAUGUUCUAACAGCGUCAUUUCUUGUCUAUAUUGCUCAUUGCCUUUAUUCAAUCUACUCAGUGUUUCAUCCACCGUUAUGUGACGAUGAUAGGCAGUGUUUGUUUCCGGUGAUUGAACGUAAUGCGGGAACAGGUGAAUGGCCGAGGUUACAGUUGCGAAUUUAUGGUUCGCUCAAUUCUCGAGCACAAUUCAAUUACGGUAAACUCGUUGAUCGCAUUGAUUCUCUUGAUAUCGACGAAACUUUACGGAAGGAUUCAGAAUGGCAUUUAGUUGAAUCAACAAGAAUAACUACUUAUCAUAUACCGGAAGCAAAAACAUUCAAUCUGAUCGGAGAUAACAAUGACGAUGAUAAUAAUGAUAACAGUACUAAUAUUGAACUAAUAAAACAGCUACGCGAAAAUGGCACUCCAAUAGCACAUUUCCGUAGUGUUCUUCCGCUCACCAUAGUUGCCGAAUCACCGAAAUUAAGUGCGCACGCAGUUCCACAUGAGAUUUACUCAGAACUGGAAUUAUUUAGUAACGAUAACCGCUAUUAUUAUUGGCCAAUCUUCUAUGUGGACGAUAUGAGUUAUCGGAUCAAAGAUUUAGUGCAGAUUGGAACAAAUCAGCGAACAAUUAAUAUGACUGUUUAUUAUCGACCAAUUUCGAUUGGUAAAUUGCGUUUAUUGAUCUCAACAGUCUCUUCGUUGAAGCAACUGAAACAAUUUGGAUUCAGCGACAAUGAUAUUGAUCAGGUGAAAGGACUAUUUGUGGAUACGAAUUUUUAUUUGUUAGCUGUAACGAUAUUAGUUGCUGGAUUGCAUAUACUUUUUGAUGUGUUGGCAUUCAAAAAUGACGUUUCUUUUUGGCGUAAUCGAAGAACAAUGGUCGGUUUAUCGUUAAGGAGUUUAUUAUGGCGAUGCUUCAGUCAAGUAAUCAUAUUCAUCUUUUUAAUGGAUCAAGAGACAAGUCUUCUUGUUUUAAUUCCAUCUGGUAUCGGUUGUUUAAUUGAAUUGUGGAAAGUUACAAAGGCUCUUAAGAUAUCCAUCCAUCGAACACCUACUCGAUGGUUACCACAAGUUCAUUUCGGACGAUUAACUGAAGCUGAGCAAGAAACCGAAGGUUUCGAUUCAGAAGCGAUGAAAUAUCUGAUCUUUUUGAUUAUUCCACUUUGUUUUGCCGGCGCUCUUUAUAGUUUGGCGUACGUGCCGCAUAAAUCGUGGUACAGUUGGAUCAUACAAUGCCUGGCGAACGGUGUUUAUGCAUUCGGUUUCUUAUUUAUGUUACCGCAGUUGUUCGUUAAUUAUCGACUCAAAUCAGUGGCGCAUUUACCUUGGAGGGCCUUUAUGUACAAGGCAUUUAACACAUUCGUGGACGAUCUGUUUGCCUUCAUCAUCACAAUGCCAACGUCGCAUCGUAUAGCCUGUUUUCGUGAUGAUAUCGUCUUUGUGAUUUACCUUUAUCAACGUCAUUUGUAUCCGGUUGAUAAAAGUCGUUUUAAUGAAUAUGGCGAAUCUUUUGAUGAAACCCAAAAGAUCAAGAAUGAUUAG